UAGAGGGAAACCAAUGAACACAGCGUUUGCUUUUUUACUUGCAAAUUGGCGCUUCAGAGAAGCCCUUGAAAGUUGAAAUCCCUAGAAUUCAAGUUUAGUGGUUCUCAGUUCUCACACAUAUCUGCAUUUUUGUACGCCAAACGCUAGGGUUUUCCUCAGUUUUUGGGGAUCAGUCUAGAACAUGGAGGCUGCGGUAGUCGACAUUGGCUCGAAGCUGCUCAAAGCUGGACCGGCAAUCCCAGAUCAAGCUCCCUCCAUGAUAAUACCUACCCAAAUGAAACGUGCGCUGGAAGAUGGAUCUGCUGCUGAUAAUUCAUUAUUAGAGGAUGUUAUCGUUGAUCCAGUUGUGAGGGGCGUUAUUAGAGACUGGGAUGCCAUGGAAGAUCUGUUGCACCAUGUCCUAUACAUUGGCCUUGGUUGGGAAGAGGGCAAUGAAGGACAAAUUUUGUUUACUGAUCCACUCUGUACCCCAAAGUGAUUCUUUUCAGGCUGUUAGAGAACAAUUGGUGCAGUUGAUGUUUGAGACAUUUAAUAUUUCUGGAUUUUAUGCAUCGGAGCAAGCUGUCUUGUCCCUUUAUGCAGUUGGACGUAUCUCAGGAUGCACUGUUGAUAUUGGUCACGGGAAGAUGGAUAUUGCACCAGUAAUAGAAGGCGCUGUUCACCACAUCGCCUCCAGAAGAUUUGAAAUUGGUGGUACGGAUUUGACAAAGUUACUUGCACAAGAACUAGGAAAAUCAAAUCCCAUGAUAAAUCUCAAUAUUGCUGAUGUUGAGACGUUAAAAGAGCAAUAUGCUGCUUGUGCUGAAGACGAAGUCGCUUAUGAGAAGACUCAGCAGUCAAGUGAGAGAGAGCAGCAUACUCUUCCUGAUGGACAGGUGAUAACAAUUGGAAGAGAGAGAUACACUGUCGGAGAGGCUUUAUUCCAACCAUCUAUAUUGGGUUUAGAUGCCCAUGGAAUUGUUGAGCAGCUUGUUCAUAGUAUUUCAUCAGUUUCUUCUGAGAACCACCGGCAGCUGCUUGAAAAUACAGUGCUUUGUGGUGGCACAACUUCAAUGGCUGGUUUUGAAGACAGGUUUCAGAAAGAAUCUAGCCUGUGCUCAUCAGCCAUCCGUCCUGCUCUUGUUAAGCCUCCAGAAUAUAUGCCAGAGAACUUGGCAAUGUACUCAGCAUGGGUCGGAGGUGCAAUACUAGCGAAAGUUGUGUUCCCACAAAACCAGCAUGUCACCAAGGCAGACUAUGAUGAAACUGGGCCAUCCGUGGUUCACCGGAAAUGCUUCUGACUGUUCUAAUUUCAGUUAUUUUGUUGAAUGUAUGCCCUCACCCUCUCCUGUUGUAUUAUAAUUGAUGCUAAUGGUAGUUAAAUAAAACCUUCAGCUGGCAGUUUCAAUGUAGAUGAAAUUCGCUCGCUAUCUUUCCUCCCUCCCCUAUAUGGCUGUAUCACUUGAAAUUGAUCAGGCUCCCUGUAUGCCACAGCGGAUACCUUCUCUGGCUUUUUGAUGCUUUGGAUUUUUCUUUUUUAUAGGAGGUUUAAAUACUUGAGCGAAUUGAUAAUACAUCAAUUUUCUGCUGAUGAGAAAA